UGGAAUUAACAUGCAUGCUAAUAACACUUCCAUCAAUGAUCACACACCUACAUUCGCAGAAAAUUAAGACUGUCUGAAUGUGGAUCAAUGUUUAAAUGGAAUUUCUGAUUUUCUGCUUUAUACGUCAACACUCAAAUUAGAUUAAGUAAAAUCUUUAUAUUUAAAAGAGUAAUCAUUUAACAAAUUACUUUUUAGAAGAUAAAUAGGCAUCGAAAAACUUUUCUAACUCGGUCAAUGAUAUUGAAUUUUCAGAAUUAAUUAGGUCGUGUAGGUUACAUCGCUAUUAUAAUAAACUAAAUUAAUUGAAUAAUUCUGUUAUAGUAGAAUCACAUCAUUAAAAAAAAGCAUUAUCCAGCAAUCGUCAAAGUCAGCCUUAAGUUGUUAUUAAGAUUAUGGGGACUUCUCCACCUAAAUUUGAAAACAAAAAAUACUCCUAAAUUGAAAGCAGGUACUCCCCCAAAAAUUUGAAAUUCUACUUAAAAUAGGAAUAAUAGAGUACUGAUUCAUAGAUCUCAUAGAGCAGACGAAUAUCUUAAUCAGUACAUCAAUCAAGAUCAUCCUCUUUCACAAUGAGUUCAAUAACCUCCAAUUUUAAGUUUUAAUAAGUUUAUCAAAAUCAGAAGAGACAAAAACCUGGUCCCAAAAAUUAUUAAUUUUGCUUACUAUCUUAGAAACACUAGGAAUUAACCAAAUUAAAACAAAAAAAUGAGCCAAACAAAAUGUUAAAUUUAUCUUUAAAUUCCUUAUCCUCAAAGAUUGAAAAGAAUAAAUGA